AUGGUUAACAUUAAUGAUCUUUUCGAUAAUAUUGAGAACGUUACUUCUUUGGAAGAUAAUGAGCACGCCCUUGAUUUUGCUAGACAACUUAUAUUUGAAAAUAACGAUAUUAGUAGUGAUGAGGAUUUUUUUGAUGAACAAGAUA